AUGAAGAUGAUGAAGGUGCUACCAUGCCCUGCUGCUCUUCUUUUCCUCGUGACUGCAUUCACUGUGGAGCCAUCUCACUGUGCCAAGGUGCUGAUCAUGCCCACCAUAGUCUUUGACAGCCACUUGCGAGUCUUCAUGCGGGUGGCAGAGGCACUGACUGAGCGGGGCCAUGACCCUGUGCUGCUACUCCACGAAGGUCGGGAUGUGGAGACCUCCCUGCCUGGCUUCCGCGUGCAGAGGUACUGGGGAACCUUCAGCACAGAGAACGCAGAUGCCUGGGUGCAGGAGAAGAUAAAGCGUAUCUUUCAAGGGAAGAUGACCUCCCUGGAGGUGUUUUCAUUUUUGGAGAAGUACCUGGAAAACUGUGACCUAGUACUGGGAAAUUCUACCCUUCUGCAGAAACUCCAGCUGGAGCACUUUGAUCUGCUGUUGGUGGACCCCAAUGAGAUGUGUGGAUUUAUCCUGGCCCACAUCCUACACAUCAAGUAUGCUGUGAUUUCCACUGGCUUCUGGUUCCCAGCAGAGAUUGGUGCCACCUCCCCCAUUGCCUAUGUCCCUGAAUUCAACUCCCUGAUGACAGACAGGAUGGGCUUUUUUGGUAGGACUUGGAAUCUCCUAGUCUACAUAAUCACUCGUGUGGCUACAAAACUGGUCAUCCUGCCCAAGUUUGAACGUCUCAUGGAGAAGCAUAGUGUGGAGCCCAAGACAUCCAUGUUGGACCUCGUUCAUGGAACCAGUCUGUUCUUCCUCUGUAAUGAUGUGGUGUUGGACUUUCCCCGUCCAACCCUCCCCCAUGUCAUUUUCACAGGGGGGAUCCUGGCUGAGCCUGCAAAGCCCCUUCCAGUGGGUCUGCGUCUCUGGGUGGAAGCAGCAGAGGCAGGUGUUGUUGUUGUCUCCUUUGGCAUCGGGAUCCGAGCUCUUCCAAGCGAUUUGGUGGAGAAGAUGGCUGGUGCAUUUGCUCGCCUCCCGCAAAGGGUGGUGUGGAGAUAUUUUGGUCAGAAGCCAAGAAACCUGGGUGAGAAUACGCUGAUGAUGGGGUGGCUGCCCCAGAAUGACCUGCUAGGCCAUCCCAAUGUGAAAGCCUUUGUCAGCCACUGUGGGAUGAAUGGUAUAUUUGAGGCAAUUUACCACGGUGUGCCAGUGGUGGGAUUUCCUUUCUAUGGGGACCAGUUUGACAUCAUGACCAGAGUGCAGGCAAAGGGCAUGGGUAUCCUCAUGGACUGGAGCAGACUAAAAGAAGAGGAGCUUUACCAGGCUGUCAUCACCGUCAUCUCUGACCCCAGCUACAGAAAAGCAGCCCAGCACAUCUCAGCCCUGCACCUGGACAGACCAAUGCACGCUCUCAACAGGACAGUGUAUUGGCUGGAGUACGUCCUUCGGCACCAUGGGGCGCCCUUCCUUCGCCCGGCUGUCUACGACCUUUCCUUGUAUGAGUACUUCUGCCUGGACAUAUUGGCUCUUCUCUUGCUGUGUCUGGCUGCUAUUGGAUUUGCUCUCUACAAAUCUGUGCUGUGGUGCAGAAGGAAAGGGGCCAGCCCUGUGUAUCAGAAUGGCAAUUGCAUGAAAGGCCACUUCACAGAUGAGAAAAAACUGCAGUAGUGGCCGGUGUGUUCCAGGGCAUAUCCCAUCACUGUGAAAUGAACUGCUGCUGUGCCAAGAAAUGUAUGGCAUGCAGGCAUGGA